GUACUCGUUCAUCCAGUCUCCUUAUCGAACGAUCGACCGAAAGUUCAUACUGCCGCUCUUUAGAGCUCUGACCUUAUGCGACUGCAAAGAAAGUCCGUCAGUACCUGCGGGGAUCUUCUGCUUUCAAAGCGCCUCGCAGAGCCCUGCAAGAUUCGAUCGGUGACAAGGCAUAUCUGGCGUACCUGAACCUCAAGAACGCGACAUUCUUGCAGUAGCUUACAAGCCAAACAAAAGCCAUUCCAUCAAGCAAACUCAGAAUGUCUCUUGCCUACCUUCAUGACGAUGUACUGGCCGAACUCUUCACAUACCUGAGCGCAAGGGAUGCCUGCCGACUGUCCCUGACCUCAAAGCAGAUCCACCCAAUCGCAAUGCAACGGGCGUGGUCAGUCGUCAUUAUAAGACGUUGUGCGCGAAUCCAGGGAGUGUGCGAAGCAAUGUUGAAGAAGCCUGCUUCCCGCAUAGCCUAUCUCCGUGAACUGCGUGUGGAUUCGGACGCUCUCUGGGGUGCCGACAAGAACGUCUACUCGCAAUUGGUGAAAGUGAUACAGCAUCCUUUAGCACUCAAGCUCAGGGUGCUACAGCUGGGAAAUGUCGCCCAGCUCUUAGUUGACUUUCCGUCCCUCGUAUUCGUAUUGGCGUCGCUAUCGGAACUCAUACAUCUUGAACUCGAGCGCGCCGGCCAGAAUGCGCUCUCCAUGAUACAACGUCUUUCUGCGAGGCCUCGCACUUUACGCAUUGAUUUCUCCGGAGACCAGAACAAUGCCAUAGUCCCUCCGUCCCUGCUUUCCAUUGAUUCAUUUUGGCCUUCACUCCUCCAUCUCAGCAUCUUAUCGCUUAACGAACCCAUAAAAACUUUUGCACGUGCCUUUCCCAACAUCCGUAGACUGCAAGUGACCAGCGCGUACUCGUUUUCUUCGCCUUUGGGACAGAGUCCUUGUUGGACUAGUUUGGAGUUUCUUGACGCCGGCACUGCCAAUACUUCCUUGGUUCGGGCAGUGAAAUGCUUGGUUCGCCAUUCCAUGUUGGACAUAGUCCGCUGCACAGAUCAUGGGAGCUCCAUGAUCUCCGUGGUGCGUGGGACUAACCCCGUAGUGUUAUCGUUGUCAUUGGGGAUGCAAAGGACGCCCGGCAUCUGGGGCCAGCUUGUCGAUGUUGGUCAAAGGCUGAGGUAUCUCAUUCUCGUCAUCAAGCCUGAUCCACUGUUUACCACGCAAGAGUUCAUCGAAGCGCUUGGUACCUGGAAGCCUGAUGUAUCGACAAUUCUCGGCACGUCACAGAUAGUUUGUAUCCGGGUCCGCGUCACCUUUGUUGUGGACCCCGUCCGAGAUGCCUUCCGAGAUCUCCCUGAACAUCUGUUGGACGCCAUACCGACGCUACGCUAUGUGGCCAUGGAUAUGCCCGAACACAAUUUCCCGACGCAGGAGUGGUACGAUGACAGCUACGACGGCCACGAGUCAUGCGGUUCGUGGUGGAGGGUAGAGGCGAUAGAUUCGAAAAGGUCACUCGUUCCUGUCCCAAUCGAAGUGGGAGAAGCCGUGGAUGGCUACUUAAAAUCAGCUAGGUUUGAGAGUUCCCUUGACUUUGUUGAUCCAUUUCUUCCAUCAUGAUCUACUUUUACAACUUGGUUGCCGACAGGUUCGUCUGUGGGAGGUGGCUUUAGGUACUGACAUAUAUCAGGGCAAUUUGAUUCUGAGUUCGAGUCAUCAAGUAAUUUCGUUCAUGUUCGCGUCCGAGUCAGAUAGUACAUGUAGCAUUGUAAGAACAGGCCACAGUGAUUGCACCCCUACUAUGUGUAGCAUUUUCGUAUCAAGGCACAAGCUGCGAGCUUCAAGCUUUCAAAUCUCAAUUUCAAGGAUCGAGCGUCCGCCCGCGUAGUAGCCGCGUAGAUUACGGUUGACGCGC